AAUUUGUAAAUACAUACCCCUGUGCUCGUUUGGAUCGCCUAUCAACACGCGCAUUCUUAAAUCGUCGUGCCCGUUAACCCUCUCCAAAUGGAUUCUGAUCUUCAGUUGCAUCGACUUCCUGGUUCUGACAGGAGUCAACAAGAUGAAAGUCCAGCAUUCGUUAAGCCAUCUACUUCCAUCUUUGGGCUGGAUAAACUUGCUGAAAAGAAAAGGAAAGAAAAUUUAUGCUUUGGUGCGAAGCAUCAGGAAAAGCAAAAAUUACCGGGCACCACGUGUUGAAACACCUUCUUAUGGCGGAGGCGUAAGUAAGGCUUACAUAGAAAUUCAAGCUAGAAGGAAAGAGAAAAUAUCGUCAGACAAAAAAUCUACUGGGAUUGCUGCAUCUUCUCGAAACCGACUUCCUGGAAAUGAUGCGUGCUAG